AAGUGGCAGGAAGCCGGGACCGGGCCGGGGGCCAACCGGGGGGAGGCAAGCACAGGACCGAGCCCGGCCGUGCGGAGCUGCGGCGGCGGUGGCAGGAGGCGGAGCCGGGGCAGCCUUCGCUGCUGCGGCCCCGGCGUGGGGGUGAGCCGUGGGCUAUAGGGCGCCCGUCCCGGGUCUCCCUUGCACUGCACCCCAGGGGCUGCAGCGGGCGAGGGUUCCCUGCUCGCCCGGCUGAGGCCGCCGGGUAGAUGACGUGGACCAGCAGCAUGAGCAGUGGUUACAGCAGCCUGGAGGAGGACACGGAGGACUUCUUCUUCACCGCCAGGACCUCCUUCUUCAGAAGACCUCCCCAGGGCAAGCUCCGCGCCGGCCAGCAAGAUGUUGAGAAAGAAAAGGAAAGCCACAAUUAUCUCAGCAAAGAGGAAAUCAAAGAGAAGGUUCACAACUACAAUUUAGCUGUUACGGACAAAUUGAAGAUGACCUUGAAUUCCAAUGGGAUUUACACUGGCUUUAUCAAAGUUCAGAUGGAAUUAUGCAAACCUGUCACUGCAUGGACUGCUCAGAACCCAGAAAAACAUGCUUCCUAUAAUAAUGGCUGCAUGAAUACACUUCACAUCAGCAGUACCAACACUGUCCGGGAAGUUAUCGAGGCCCUGCUCAAAAAGUUUCUAGUGUCUGAAAGCCCAGCCAAGUUUGCACUUUAUAAGCGUUGUCACAGGGAAGAUCAAGUUUACGCGUGCAAGCUCUCAGACCGAGAACACCCUCUUUAUCUGCGUUUGGUUGCAGGGCCGAGGACAGAAACCCUGAGCUUUGUUCUACGUGAGCACGAAAUCGGAGAGUGGGAAGCCUUCAGUCUUCCUGAGCUACAAAACUUCUUGCGGAUCCUGGACAAGGAAGAAGAUGAACAGCUGCAGAACCUUAAGCGGCGCUAUGCAACUUACAGACACAAACUUGAAGAAGCCCUCGAAGAAACAUGGAAGCUGGAUUAAGCAGCAGCCCUGGACCACUCAGGAAUAGUGCAGGCUACUUAAAAAAAAGACCAAAAAAAUUUAAAAAACAACAAACUCAGACGUAGCAUGCUCAGUACAGUGGACAAGACAGCAGCAGCAGGUGUACUCUUUGUUAAGUGAGCUGGUUUACAGUCUUAUGAUGACAGGGUACCUCUCCCCAAUUUUUAGAUUUUGUCCCAUUCGGCACCUGUCACCUAUUACCUGUUUAAGGGACCUGCAAGCUCGUCAUGUUAUGAUACCACCCCAGAAUCCUCUGUCAGUGGGUGGUAUCACCCUUCGGCAGGCUGUGAAUCUGUGGUAGAUACCUAGCAGCAUGCUAGGAUGCUUUAAAAUAUGAAGGAUAGGGUGUGGUUUUACCUCUACCUUUUUUUAAAAAUGAUUUUAUGGCUUUUAGCUGAAGAAUUUAAAGAUUGGUUAUUUUUUUAAAGACUAAAAGAAAAAUCCAAUCUGAACAGUUUUAAGCAUCAAACUAUACUGUUUUUCCUAUUGUUAAACAGUUUAUAUUUUUGCAUGAAAACAGCCAUGUACAAUGGAAGGUAUAAGGAAGCUAGGAACUUUUGAAAAAAUUUUGAAGGGUUUUUAAUGGAGUAGGCCUAAAGAAAGAAAAGAGUAAGUCAGAAAGAAGGCAUGAGAAGAGAUGGGGAUCUUUUGGUGGCCAGUGAUGGAAGUAUGAAUAGUUUACUUAUGAUGGAUAAGAGGAAUGUGGAAUUUGCUUGUAACUCGCUUUUAAAACAAUAUAGUUUUAAGGUGUAGGAUGUUAAAUGUAUGGGAUGACUUGAUUUCUUGGGGGGGUGGGAUUUGGGAUAGCAGCUAAAGCAAAGGAGCUAAGAAAAAGCUGGGUCACUCCUGAGGCUGCUAUGAAAACUGAGGGUGGGCCUUAUAAAGCUGGGCCUUUGUCUAAGCAGAGCAGUACCCUCAGGUAAUGUGGGAUAUGCCACUUACUACCACUACCUGCAUAAAUUCACUUGGCGUGGACUGGUUGGUCUGUUUGGUGCGAUAGCUAUAAGGAAGCAAAUGGACCUGAACCAAGAGAAGCACAGACCAGUUUCCAGGGAAUCGUGAACCCUUUGGUGAUGCCUAAUGCUGUCCCCUUAGCAUUUUAGAAACUGUUGUCAUUGUGUGGCUUCUGUCACGUGAGGUUGUUUCCUGGGAAGGUCUGCCUUUGUCCUUAGCAGAAAAGACUAGAGGAAAUGAGCUGUUUCACCUGGUAUUUCACAAAAAAAGGAACAGUCAGGUCAGAAGCUGCAUCUGAUUCUAAUUUUCUAGGCUUAGAGGACUGAAGUCCUCAAAGCCCUGUGGAGCAUCUGUAGUCACUUCUCUACUUUCUCGGUCCUUCCUCCCUCCCUCCCUACCUCCCUCUGUUCUUCCUUUCCCUCUCUUCUUUGGAGUCAAUACUGAACCAGGAUGUGUUAUAUUGCCAAGUUCUCCCCACCCAAAACUGCUUGGCCCCCGGCAGAAUCAAAGCAUGUCAGGGGAAAAGGAGGGGAAAGAGUUUAUAUUUGACUGUUAAUAUAACUGGUAUUUGUUUAAACAACAGAUGCUUGUUCCAACCAACCAAAGAGAUGGAUGGGCGUGCAAUAGAAGCCUUCCUCAAAUCAGGUUCAAAUAACUCCUCGCUCUUGAGUGUCCCUAGCAUAAAUGGUUUAUUCCAGUGGAAACAGGAACAAAAUAAAAUAAAAUUUACCGAAGUUCAAGGGGGCCUGUGCCGCCCAUUUUUACAAUAGACAUUUAUUAUAAAUUCCCAAGGAAUUGUUAACACAUUAGUGACACCUAAUGGCUUCUUUGCGAAACUCCAAGGUGGUUCAGCCGUGUGCCUCUUAUUCUGCAAACUGUGCCUUGUUGCUUCUCAUUCAUUCAUUUCCAGAUUUUUCAGGCUAACUUGACGAAGCACAAUCAUUGUGUCCUAACCGUUUGUGGGUUAUGCAGUACUACACAAGUGACUGAGACAAUCAUAUCUUCCGAAACUGUUAAGGAAGACUUGGUUUUGUUUUUUUUUUUUUAAGUAGAACGAUAUUAAAAUAUGUUUGCCAUAGGGGCGGCUAGGUGGCGCAGUGGAUAGAGCACCGGCCCUGGAUUCAGGAGGACCUGAGUUCAAAUUCGGCCUCAGACACUUAACACUAGCUGUGUGACCCUGGGCAAGUCACUUAACCCCAAUUGCCUCACUAAAAAAAAAAAAUGUUUGCCACAUCACGUCUGUUUAGUUUGCAUGAAACUGUGUAGUGCAUGUAUGAGGUUUUAAGUGACAUUAUCAACGGACACUUUACUGUAAAGUUCAGGGAAUGCUGUUAUGAUUAUUAAUAUUUUUUUUUAUUAUUAUUCAGACCACAGCCUGGGUUUGAGUAUUCUCUUAGCAACCACCACCUGAGUUUGGACUAACCUGUCCCAGUUCGAUCAGAAGUUUAUAUUUUGUGAAGCUUCGCCUUUUCCUGUAUGAAUGCUCUUAGGAUCUAACAGUGGUAGCCGAUGGGUAUCUGUGAAUUAUCUUUUUUUUUUUUUUACUUGAAGUAGGUUGUCUGUAAAAUAGCAUCCUUGUUGUAUAUUAUCCAGAAACCUCAGUUGUUGUCUUAUAUGCACUACAAGGCAUGAUUUGGAAAACUUACUCUACUGAAAUUUGCAGGUCUUGAAAGACUGAUUUUGUUUGUGACCCCGUCCCCCGCUUUCCCCCCAACACUGGUUACUGCAGCAGCUUUUAAAUGUUUUUUAAAAAAAUAAUUUUUUUUUUUUUAGAAAAGGUCAGGUCUAGCCAAAGAAAUGUUUUACAAAUUACUAUAUUAAAUGACCUAAGCUUUGCUGUAGUGUUGUUGAUAUUCAGUGUGUGAUGGUACAGGAAGGAGGUUGAAAUGAGGUGGUGGUAAUGCAGGGAAGCAUUUUAAAUUGUAAAAGUAAAAAAGUUUUUUUUUUAAAGUUAUACUAUUUAUAAUUUUGACAAGUUUAAUUUUAUUUUUAUAGGGAAAAAUACUUUCCCCUUAAAAUUGUUUCUGAAAUGGCAAAUUGUUGUUCUACUUAUUAAAGUUGCAGUUGUUGUUUG